AUGUUCCAGCGCAAAUCUGUCGUUGCAGGUGGUCCGGGCAGCGGGAAGGUGACACACUGCGACAACCUGAUGCAGGAGAGGCGCGGCGUCACGCACAUCAACAUGACCGACCUCCUGCAGCAGUACAGUGUCGGCAACGAAAUGCAAGACUUUGCUCAAUUAUCAAGCAAGACUGUGACGGAGGUGCUGAUGCUGGAGAUGAAGAUGGCUCCGGGAGCCAAGACUUACCUGGUGUCCGGGUACCCUCGCAGCAUGCGGGACGUCGUCGAGUACUCCAACAAGGUAUGGGCAUGGGGGCCGCGGUGGCCGCCAUGGAGGGAAUCUUAG